CUUCUCCGGCUGCGGAAACUGUAGAGGGCAGUGGACGAGGGUGGGUUGGAAAGGCGAUAGCCGGAAUGUUGGUGGUUCCGGAGCCUUUCGUAAACCAGCAAACAACUGGAGAGCCUCAAAAAUCAAUAACAAGAGUUGGAAAACAUUUAACUCUCAACAGAUGAAUUCCAUACUUGAACUCUGUUGCAUUCCCGUGCCACCUCCUCCCUUAGAAAACUGAUCUUAAAACAGAUAAAAGAGGAAUAGAAGGUAAAAAAAAAAAAAAGAUGCUGGGAUCUGAACGUGGUGUUGUGGAAGAAUGGUUAUCAGAAUUCAAGGCAUUACCUGACACUCAGAUCACCAGUUAUGCAGCAACUUUACAUCGGAAAAAAACACUAGUGCCAGCCCUCUAUAAAGUUAUCCAAGAUUUGAAUAAUGAGCUUCUGGAGCCUGUCUGCCACCAGCUGUUUGAGCUCUAUCGUAGCUCUGAAGUUCGACUUAAGAGGUUCACACUGCAGUUCUUGCCAGAGUUGAUGUGGGUUUAUUUACGGCUUACAGUUAGUCGGGACAGACAGAGUAAUGGUUGCAUUGAAGCACUUCUGUUAGGAAUUUACAAUUUGGAGAUUGCUGAUAAAGAUGGAAACAAUAAAGUUCUGUCUUUCACUAUCCCUUCCUUAUCCAAGCCUUCAAUAUACCACGAACCCUCAACAAUUGGAUCCAUGGCUUUGACAGAAGGGGCCUUGUGUCAACAUGAUCUCAUCAGAGUUGUUUAUAGUGAUCUUCAUCCUCAGAGGGAAACAUUCACUGCACAAAACCGGUUUGAAGUCCUGAGUUUUCUAAUGUUGUGUUAUAAUUCUGCUAUUGUGUAUAUGCCUGCCUCAUCUUACCAAUCUCUUUGUCGGAUGGGCUCCAGGGUUUGUGUGAGUGGGUUUCCACGGCAACAUGAAAAACAUUGGAAAGAACUCUGUGGUCGAAUAGUAUUGGAUCCUGAAUUUAUGGUACAACUUCUCACAGGGGUUUAUUAUGCCAUGUAUAAUGGACAGUGGGACCUUGGCCAGGAAGUUCUUGAUGACAUUAUUUAUAGAGCUCAGCUAGAACUUUUUUCUCAACCACUAUUGGUUGCUAAUGCCAUGAAAAACUCAUUACCAUUUGAUGCUCCUGAUUCUUCACAAGAAGGCCAGAAAGUACUUAAAGUGGAAGUCACUCCAACAGUUCCAAGGAUUUCUCGGACUGCAAUUACAACAGCUUCAAUCCGUCGUCAUAGAUGGAGGAGAGAAGAUGGCUUUGACUUCUCAAACGAGGCUGAUUCGAGUAUUCCUGGCUCCCCGAUCCAACACGGCUCCACUGACGUAGGGAUCAAACGUGUGCAAGAGGGGGAGGUGCUGGUGCGCAGGACCCCUGAGCAUGGCUCGCCGGAGCCCAACUCAGCAGCAGCCACAACAGAGGGUGCUGAGGGUGUAAAUGGAGGAGAGGAAUCUGUAAACCUGAAUGAUGCAGAUGAAGGAUUUUCAUCAGGGGCUUCCCUCAGCAGUCAGCCAAUUGGGACCAAACCAUCCUCCUUUUCUCAGAGGGGAAGCUUAAGGAAAGUAGCAACUGGGCGUUCAGCCAAGGAUAAAGAAACAGGCUCUGCCAUCAAAUCCAGUGACAGCCCUCGAGAUUCAGUAGUUCGCAAGCAGUAUGUACAGCAACCAACUGAUAUUAGUGUAGAUUCAAUUGAGCUAACACCGAUGAAGAAACACCUGAGUCUGCCCGCAGGCCAGGUGGUGCCAAAAACCAAUAGUUUAAGUCUAAUCCGGACAGCCAGUGCUUCCUCAAGUAAAUCAUUUGACUAUGUAAAUGGCAGUCAAGCGAGUACCAGCAUUGGGGUUGGCACUGAGGGAGUUACUAAUUUAGCGGCUAACAAUGCUAAUCGAUACUCAACUAUCAGUCUACAGGAAGACCGGCUAGGUCAAGCUGGUGAAGGUAAAGAGCUCCUCAGCCCAGGAGCCCCCUUAACCAAGCAGUCUCGAUCCCCAAGUUUCAAUAUGCAGCUAAUAUCCCAGGUGUAGUUUUGACAUCCUCUCUUCUCUUUCUGCUUACCUUUUAAACUGAACAUUUCAUUGUGCAAGAAGACACUUCAUCCCACAUUGUGAAAAUAUUGGUCAUCAUAAUCAGAUUUGAUUUAGUUUAGAGGUGUCUUCGUACUGUAUUUUGUAUGGAAACAGCAAUAAGGUUUUCUUUUCCCUCCUUCCUAUAUCUUCUCUUGACCUAUUCUUUGUAAAUGUGUUUGUGAAGCAGUAUAAAAUGUUUGCCUUUUCCAUGCCUUCCUUUCUUCUUGGGUGAUGUGCAAUCCAUCGUAGGCUGAUCGGUCCCAUUUCAACACUGUGAGACUGAGGACACGUUAGAGGAAAUGGUGUAUAUGAUCCCUAUGAAAUGGUUCUUUGGAUUUUGUUUAAAAACAAAACGGGUUUGUUCUCAUAAUCUAUAGAACUAUGAAGAUUACUGGAUCAUAUUUUUUUCUCUCUUAACCAGGAGUGCCUCAGAGAUUCUGCUACGACUUUGGACUUCUCUGAGUCUGUGCAAUCAUUUUCUUGAGAAGCAUGGGGAAAGGUGGUACACUGCUGCACUUUUUCAUUAAAAUGAGGGUAGCUCUUUUUUCCCCCAUCUCCCUUAUUCCGACGACAUAAAUGUUCAGUGACUGAGGCAUUUAAGUUAUGACCACCUCCAUCGGAGGGUGGGGCUCUUAAAUUGUGUAAUUGAUAAUGCACUUUCUCAAUGACUCUACAGUCAUUAUUAAGAUGUCUUCCCUCUUCCCCACAAGGGCAUAAGGUCAUUUCUGUCCUUAAAGUUUGAGCAACUAACAAAUCAGAGAAUCCAAGGGGCGUGUUCUUUUUUCCAGGAAUGAUUGACACUUUGGUGCUGGGGUUUUGUGGGGGGAGGGAUGGUUUUUGUUUAGCUUGUGUGGGAUUGUUUGUGUGAGGGGAGGUUUUGAUUGUUUUUCUUCUUUUCCUUUGUGAGCUGAUGAUGACUGAAGUAGAACAGUACGUCUUCAGGUAAAGAGAGGGAUUUCUCAGUCCACUUUGUGAUGUCAGACGGAGAAACCCUUUCAGCUGCUUUCUAGAUGUACCUAAAUUCAGUCAGAUAUUUUGGAUUAAGAAACCUGAAGUCUUGAUAGAUCAUGUACUCCAAGGAAAUACAUCAGGGACAGAAAAUUGGCUGAAAACACUGACACUUCAAUGUGACACAUUUUUAUAGAACAUUUCUACCAGGGGGUACUGUCUUGAUUUCUCCUACAAGGACCACACUGCCUUUGUGUUUAAUGUAAUGCAAUUUGUGUACCUUCAAAUCACAUAUCUGCAAAGUUUCUCAUUUUCUAAAACUUUGGAAUCAUGCCAGUAAGCUAGAUGUUGAAUGUAUGUAAGUAGCAUUUGGUAACCGUUAAGAGACUACAAAAAUACAUUGUUGGUAAAAAAAAAAAAAAAAAUUUUUUUUUUUUUUUUAGUUCUGAUUUGGUUGGAUGAGAUUUUAUUAUAACCCCUUCUGGGUCUCAGAAUGUUUGAAAAAGAAAGG